AUGAUUAAUUUAAUAACUAAAGCUGAUUAAUUUGGUGCUGUUUAUCGUCCAACCUUUAACUCUAAGGAUGCUUAUUAAACUUUCUUUGGAGGACUUAUUACUAUAACUCUUUAUAGUUUAUGCAUUGCAUAUAUGAUUUUUAUGUUUGUCUAAUGGGGAACACAUCAAAUUCUGCCAAGAAGUUCAUUAUCAGAAGAAGUAAAAGAGGAUCUCUUUGUGGAAUUUGAUUACGAUCUAAUUCAAAUUAAACUUACAAAUGAUGUAAAUCCAUUCACAAAACUUAAUAAUAUUUUGGUUCCAUAAUUUUAUGUUCUAACAAACUAAAUUAAGUCAGAUCCAGUAAUAGUGUUUCCAAAUGCUGAUGGCUGGGUUAUACCCAAAAAUUAUAAAUUAAAAUUAAGUCCAACCGAAAAUUUCGAUGUCUAACUGUAAUUUAUAGCAUGUUAAUCAGAUUACAUAAUUGAAGGUAUGAGUUGUGCAAAUGAUUAAGAAAUUAGUAAUUUCUUUAAUUCUAAAACCACUAUCACAGUUUUUAUAUAAGUGACUAAAUAUAAUGUUAAAACUGAAGAAUUUUAUAGGAUACCAAAGAAAUUAGAAUUUAUUAUUUAAAAAGAAUAAACAAUUUUUAAUAAAUAUUCUGUCAAAACCUCUUAUGCCUAUAUAGAUAACGGGGUUGUAUUCCCAUCCGAUUAAGAAUAUUAAUUCAUAAGCGAUUAUACUUUGGCUACUUAAUCACUCUAGUUGAAUACUCAACAAUAAAUAUAUAAGAAAAGCAUCUACUCAUAGUUUACUUUUUCAUUGGAUAAUAUUUAAUAAAUUAAUUAUAUCACCUAUGCUCAUCUAGAUGAGGUAUUGGCUUCCAUAGGUUCGAUAUGGUCAAUUAUAUUGAUUUUAUCCUAUUGUGCUGUAUUAUUUAAUGAAUUUAAUUAAUCAGAAUAUCUCUAUAGGAAAAUCAUUUCUUUUUACUACCCUUAAUUUAAGUUUUUAUAAAUCAGAUAGAACUUCAUCGGAAAAAUAACUAAAGUGACUGGAUAUGGAUAAUCGUAUGACCCUAGAGAAUUUACAAAGUAUUACCAAAAAUUAAAAUAAGAUGCUUAACAAAAAAUGAAGGUAAAAAAUAUUUUAUAUGAAAUCUCAAGAAUAUAAUUUAUUCUUUAAUCAAUACAAGAACGUAAUCUAAUUCUUAAUAGUCAUAAUGUUGGAAUUAAAUUGAAAUUAUUAGAUAAAGAUUCCUCAGAAUUUCCUAAUAUAUUACCUCAUGAAAAUUAACUCAGUGAUAAUGAUUUCAUGCUCUUAUCAAAACCAAAAUUAAAAAGUAAAACAGAUCCAGGGAAAAAUAAGUUUUAUUAAAUUAAUAUUAUGAAUCAUAAUAGACUUGAAACUACUUAAGUAAACACAAGCCAAGAUAAAUUUACGUUGAUUUCAUGA